UAAAUGGAGAAAAGCAAUGAAAUUCCUCGAAUGACCAUGUUUUUUCUCUCUCCCUGCAGAAAUUGGCCAAGAGAAAUGGCAGCAGGAAACCAUUCCUCACUGACUGAGUUCAUCUUGGCUGGGCUCUCAGAGCAGCCAGAUCUCCAGCUGUCCCUCUUCCUCCUCUUCCUGGGAAUCUAUGUGAUCACAGUGGUGGGGAACCUGGGCAUGAUCUCAUUGAUUGGGCUCAGUGCUCACCUGCACACCCCUAUGUACUAUUUUCUCAGCAGUUUGUCCUUCAUUGACCUCUGCCAUUCCACUGUCAUUACUCCCAAAAUGCUGGUGAACUUUGUGACAGACAAGAACAUCAUCUCCUAUCCUGAAUGCAUGACUCAGCUCUAUUUCUUCCUCGUUUUUGCUAUUGCAGAGUGUUAUAUGUUGGCUGCAAUGGCCUAUGAUCGCUAUGUUGCCAUCUGUAGCCCCUUGCUUUACAAUGUCAUCAUGUCCUAUCAGACCUGCUUUUCCCUGAUUUUAGGGGUGUAUAUUGUAGGCCUGGUUUGUGCAUCAGCUCAUACAGGCUGCAUGUUUAGGGUUCAAUUCUGCAAAUUUGAUGUGAUCAAUCAUUAUUUUUGUGAUCUUAUUUCCAUCUUAAAGCUCUCUUGUUCUAGUACUUAUGUAAAUGAAUUACUGAUUCUAAUAUUUAGUGGAAUUAAUAUCCUCUUUCCCAGCCUGACCAUACUUGCCUCCUACAUCUUCAUCACUGCCAGCAUCCUCCACAUUCGCUCCAUUGAGGGCAGGUGCAAAGCCUUCCGCACGUGCAGCUCCCACAUCUUGGCUGUUGCUGUCUUCUUUGGAUCUGCAGCGUUCAUGUACCUUCAGCCAUCAUCAGUCAGCUCCAUGGACCAAGGGAAAGUCUCCUCUGUGUUUUAUACUAUUUUUGUGCCUAUGUUGAACCCGCUGAUUUACAGCCUUAGGAAUAAAGAUGUCAAUGUUGCCUUGAAGAAAAUGCUAAAGAAAAGCAUACUAUUGUGACCAGAGUAAUGUGAAGAGGACUUUUACUAGAUCUAAGCCUUAUACUAAUACAUUGUACAAAUUGGUGUAUUUCAUUUUAUUGCAUC